AUGGCCAAGUGCAUGAAGGUCACCGACCCGCGCGCCCUGACGCUGGCCUACAAGAUGCCCCUGGCGGGCAUGGAGUACCCCAUGCUGCACUAUCUGGGCUUCGUCCCUGUCAUCGAUGGAGACUUCAUCCCUGAUGACCCUGUCAACCUGUACGCCAACGCCGCCGACAUCGACUACAUAGCGGGCACCAACAACAUGGACGGCCACAUCUUCGCAAGCAUUGACGUGCCAGCCAUCAACAAGGACAAGCAGGAUGUCACGGAGGAGGACUUCUACAAGCUGGUCAGCGGGCUCACCAUCACCAAGGGCUCCGAGGGCGCCAAGUCUGCCUUUGGCAUCUACACCGAGUCCUGGGCCCAGGACCCAUCCCAGGAGACGAGGAAGAAGACCGUGGUGGACUUCGAGACUGACAUCCUCUUCCUGGUGCCCACGGAGAUCGCCCUGGCCCAGCACAGGGCCAACGCCAAGAGUGCCAAGACCUACACCUACCUGUUUUCCCACCCCUCUCGGAUGCCCGUCUACCCCAAGUGGGUGGGGGCCGACCACGCCGACGACAUCCAGUACGUCUUCGGGAAGCCCUUCGCCACCCCCCUGGGCUACCGCGCCCAAGACCGGACAGUCUCGAAGGCCAUGAUUGCCUACUGGACCAACUUCGCCAAGACUGGGGACCCCAACAUGGGCCACUCCGCCGUGCCCACGCACUGGGACCCCUACACCAGGGAGAACGGCAACUACCUGGAGAUCAACAAGAAGAUGGACAGCAGCUCCAUGAAGCAGCACCUGAGGACCAACUUCCUGCGGUACUGGACCCUGACCUACCAGGCACUGCCCACCGUGACCGACCAGGGGGCCGCCCCCGUGCCCCCCACGGACGACUCCGAGGCCGCCCCCGUGCCCCCAACGGAUGACUCCGAGGCCGCCCCUUCACCCCCCGCGGACGACUCCGAGGCCGCCCCUGCGCCCCCAGCGGACGACUCUGAGGGGGCUCAGAUGCCCACAGUCAUUGGCUUCUAG